AUGCCAGAGUCAGCGGGGAAGUCUACGAUUAGCGGUAUUCCAGUUGUAGAGGAGUUUGAAGACAUGUUUCAGUCGUUGCAGGGGUUACCACCAUCUCGGUCUGAUCCUUUUAUGAUUGAACUGGAGCCAGGGACGAUGCCGUUAUCCAAGUGCAUUGAUUACAGGGGUUUGAACCGGGUCAUUGUGAAGAACAAAUACCCUCUUCCCAGGAUUGAUGAGUUGUUGGAUCAGUUGAGGGGUGCUACUUGGUUCUCCAAAAUAGAUCUGACGUCGGGUUAUCAUCAGAUACCGAUAGAUGAGGCAGAUGUGAGGAAGACUGCAUUCAGGACGAGGUAUGGGCAUUAUGAGUUUGUAGUGAUGCCUUUCGGGUUGACUAACGCACCAGCAGCGUUUAUGAGAUUGAUGAACAGUGUGUUUCAGGAGUUUCUGGAUGUAUCUGUCAUCAUAUUCAUCGACGAUAUUCUGGUUUAUUCUAAGAGUCCUAAGCAGCAUGCAGUGCAUUUGAGGGCAGUUAUGGAUAAACUGCGGGGACAUAAGUUGUUUGCUAAGUUGAGCAAGUGCAUU